UCGCGCGUCCAUCAACAAGGAACAGUAAGCAGCAAUCCGUAGCCAUUUUGGCUCAAGCCAUUCGGGCUCAAGUCGUUUCGGCGCCCAUUCGCGGCCUGAAGGAGCGCCCGCUGCAGAUCGACCGUUCUCCGCCAUGCGCGCGGACACGAGCCAGGCCCAGCCGCUCCAGCUCUCCCUCGAGAGCGACCGCGAGCCAGGAGGGUCGCACCAGCGCGGGCACCGCGCGCGCCACGCGCUUUGGCAGGUGCGGCGGCGCUGUCGGCGGCUGCGGCGGCACUGGCUUUGCUGGCUGUGGUCUGGCGCGCGGGGUCCUCCACGGGAGCUGUGACUGUUGCCUCUCGCGGGGCCUUUGUCAAGGCCGCUGUUGCUGGUGAUGUGAAAUCGUGCGUCGUCUACGGGGACUCGAACGUCCAGAUGUAUGGUAAAGCCGUGGGAGAGAACAUCAAGUUCACCCCUCCGCUGAAUGGUAAGUCAUUCUGGCUGGUCUACAGUGACACUCUCUUCAUACAGGGCGUGUCUGACAUAUUGCACGAGGGUGAUCCAAUUCCAGUCCUGAAGGCGGUCGGCAUCAGCGGCCCCAUGCUCGGCUGGCACACCCUGCAAAUCACCACGGGCGAGGCGAUGUGGGUUUCCCCAGAGGGCAACAUGGAGAGCAUUCUCGAGAAGGACAUGUCGGUAUUUCAGACGGCGAUCACCUCUACGGACACCCUCGAAGCGAAGCUGGAUGACACUGGGGAUGUGCUCCAGCCAGAUCGCAAGGAUAAGGAGAUGCACGUGGUGCAUGUGAAGUUCGGGAGCGUGGAGUUGCAGAUCGACCGGUGGCUCGAUUCUGACAUUGAACAGUUCAUGAAUAUCAAGAUCACCAAGACCGUGGAAGACGGUGAAACGGGCAUCUGUGGAAGCGGUGUGGUAUCACAGGUCACCGCGGACCAGGUGGCCAGACCUGAAUGAGGGGGCGCCUCUAAUGCUGAAUAAGCGGAUCCCGCCUCUGAUGCUGAAUCGGGGCGAAAGACUGGGUGGGUUUUUUGGAUUCGUCUCCAGCACGUCGACGAAUCCCGGUUCGCUCGUUGAUUAUUCUGAUUUUCCAGACGCGAUUAUCAGAUCGUUUUGCGCGCGGGUGCAUACUGCGUGCCGCGAGAGUUACAGCUACGGCGUGCUAUGGCCUCCCCUCUUCUUCUUCUUCUUAUUAUUAUUAUUAUUUUUGUUCUUCUUCCUCUUCCCUCUCCGUCAUACGCCGAUGAACUACAUCUCCUCGUGCGGCGUUUUCGCUACCGGUGCUAGGUUAGGUGAAAGGCUUACCAACCCUGACGGUUGCAAUAAGAAGGUGAUCUUCGAGUUGCGAAAGUUAAGGAGAUACCUAGUCCCUGGGACUGAGCUCCGUUUUGAAAGAGCAGGCAGGGGACGAUUGGAUGAGUGAGCCUAAAGGAGGUGACGAAGUAUCUCAGGACUUAAACGCUCAUUGUCUGCUUAAGUUGCAACGCUGUUCAAGUGUUCGAUCUUGCUGCAUAAGCGUUGCGUGACCGCGAUGCACCAUCUCCGUGCGUGAAGUAGUGUGCGUCCGCGGCCAGUCCAUCCGUGCUCUGAGGCUGGACCUUGGCCUCGAGGCGGACAGGAUCAAUAUCAAUAUCUCUCUCCUUCUCCCUUCAUCCUGCCCACUCCUCUAGUGCGAACGCUGCUAUAUCUCACAGCAGCCGUGGCCAGGGGGAUGGAUGCUGGCGAAGAGGGGGCUGGGUGGGGGUGGAAGGCUGGACACUUUAGUGCAAGGGCGGCCUGCCGCACAUGUCCCGACUGUCCGAGACGAGGGCCGGGCAUUUUUAUGCAUGGGCAGCCUGUCGUGGCAAGCAGCGGGAAUCUUGCAAACGGCUGGUUUCUGCUGCCAUCCACAGGACUUGCAUUCAGCAGUGCCUCGCCCUGGAGAGAGAGGGUGAACAAGAAAAAGAA